AUGGCUACGUCUUCUUCUUCAUCUGUUUCUUCGACAAAUCUUCAAGCAAAGCACCACGUUUUCCUCAAUUUCAGAGGCCCCAACUCUCGCCACAGUUUCACCAGUCAUCUCCACGAAGCUCUGAGACAGAAAAAGAUUAUAACUUUCAUUGAUGAUAAACUCAAGCUAGGAGAUGAAAUCUCACGCUCUCUUCUGAAUGCGAUCGAAGGAUCGAAGAUCGCGAUUACCAUUUUCUCAAAAGACUAUGCGUCUUCGAAAUGGUGUCUCGAAGAACUUGUGAAGAUCAUUGAAUGCAAAAACAUUCAUGGACAGAUCGUGAUACCCGUUUUCUAUCAUGUUUGUCCGUCCGAGGUAAGGAAUCAAACCGGGAGUUUCGGAGAUGGAUUUGCUAAGCUAGAAGAACGAUUUAAGGAACAACCGGAGAUGGUGCAGAGAUGGAAGACUGCUCUGAGUCAAGCAGCCAAUAUAUCUGGCUGA